AUGCUCGCCGACUUUGAUAAAACCUGUGGAAAGAUUGGUCUUGGAGUGAAUCUCACAAAAACGAUGUUCAUGAGGAACGGUUUGGUUUCGCAUGCCCCUUUCACGUUCAACGGAACGAGUACCUCCGAAUGCUCCAGUUAUGUCUAUCUAGGUCAGGAAAUCAACACGUUGAACGACUUAGCUCCAAAAUUUAGCAGGAGGAGACGAGCAGCUUGGGGAGCCUUCAAUAGCAUCGAGGAAGUAAUGAGGAGAAUAAAGAACACCCGACUCCGUGCCCGUCUUUUCGACUCAACGGUACAUCCUGCGUUUGAGAAGCCUGGUCGCUACGUAAAUAGAAUGAAAAAUCACGUAGCGUUAUUGAACGCGCAGUCGAAAGGAGGAUGCUAG